CAGCUAACCAUAGUCUCAGACACUUAAGCCUCUCAACUGAUCUCAAGGUUGAAAAUGGCACAACAUACUUAUCUAAUUAUCCACUGAUUCAUUUCGUCUCCAGCGAAAAAAACCACAGAGACAUUGAAAAAUGAGUUCUCAGCAAACUCUCCAAUUUCGCGCUGACCCAUUUGUGCUAUCUCACUGUUGCCGCCAUAUUCGCCUCGCCGGCUCUCUCACGCUCCAAUCUCCUCUAAAGCAGCCUUUUUCCGGCCUCCGGUUCCGGUGUCGCCGCACUUUUCAAGGCGGAGUCAGGAGUUCGGCGAAGGAGGCUGCUCAGAGUAACAAUGGAAACCGGGAUAAGAAAUCUCCGGUGCCGGAAACGGCGAUCGAACCGAAGAGGGUCUACCCGUUUGACGAUAUUGAGCCCAAGUGGCAACGUUACUGGGAAGAAAACCGUACUUUCCGGACACCGGACGAUGUCGACACUUCGAAACCAAAAUUCUACGUCCUCGACAUGUUUCCGUAUCCAAGUGGAGCAGGAUUACAUGUGGGACAUCCACUGGGUUAUACAGCAACUGAUAUCCUAGCGAGGCUUAGGAGAAUGCAAGGUUACAAUGUUUUGCAUCCUAUGGGAUGGGAUGCUUUUGGAUUGCCUGCAGAACAAUAUGCUAUUGAGACAGGAACCCAUCCCAAAACUACAACAUUGAAGAACAUUGACCGGUUUCGUUUGCAGCUCAAAUCGCUGGGCUUCUCAUAUGACUGGGACCGUGAACUCUCUACAACAGAGCCAGAUUAUUAUAAAUGGACACAAUGGAUCUUUCUUCAGCUUUAUAAGAGAGGUUUGGCAUAUCAGGCUGAAGUACCCGUGAAUUGGUGCCCGGCUCUUGGUACUGUUUUGGCUAAUGAGGAAGUUGUGGAUGGUGUUAGUGAGCGUGGAGGCCACCCGGUUAUAAGAAAGCCGAUGAGGCAAUGGAUGCUGAAGAUUACUGCCUACGCUGAUCGUCUUCUUGAGGAUUUAGACGAGCUUGAGUGGCCUGAGAGUAUAAAAGAAAUGCAGAGAAACUGGAUAGGAAGAUCAGAAGGAGCUGAAUUGGAUUUUUUAAUUCUUGAUGGCGAAGGAGGCCGAGAAACUGACAAAAAGAUUACAGUUUACACCACCAGACCAGAUACCCUUUUUGGAGCAACUUACAUGGUUGUGGCACCAGAGCAUCAUUUGUUGUCUUACUUUAUAACUGAAGAACAGAAACAACAAGUUGAGGAAUACAAAGAUUUCGCGUCGAGAAAAAGUGAUCUUGAGAGAACAGAACUUCAGAAGGACAAGACGGGAGUAUUUACGGGAUCUUAUGCGAAAAAUCCAGCUAAUGGGGAUGCUAUUCCCAUAUGGGUAGCUGAUUAUGUUCUAGCAAGCUAUGGAACCGGAGCAAUCAUGGCGGUCCCAGCUCAUGAUACUAGGGAUAACGAGUUUGCGUUGAAGUAUAACAUUCCAAUCAAGUGGGUAGUGAGAAAUGAAGCAAAUUCAAGUGAUGAUGAUGCUAAGCAGGUUUAUCCAGGAGUGGGGAAAAUUGAAAAUUCAUCAAGUUUAGAAACAGGACUUGACAUAAAUCAACUAUCUAGCAAAGAAGCUGCUUUAAAAGUUAUUGAAUGGGCCGAGAGAACCGGAAACGGAAAGAAGAAGGUAAAUUACAAGCUGAGGGAUUGGCUAUUUGCACGGCAGCGUUACUGGGGCGAACCUAUCCCGAUCUUGAUUUUGGAUGAAUCUGGUGAAACUAUUGCGGUUUCAGAAUCUGAGCUGCCACUGACUUUGCCUGAGUUGAAUGAUUUUACUCCCACUGGAACAGGGGAACCACCACUGUCAAAAGCAGUAUCAUGGGUGAACACAGUAGAUCCUGCAACAGGAAAACCUGUCAAAAGAGAAACCAGCACUAUGCCACAAUGGGCUGGAUCUUGUUGGUACUAUCUGAGAUUCAUGGACCCAAAAAACUCUAAAGCAUUAGUUGACAAGGAAAAAGAAAAAUACUGGAGCCCAGUAGAUGUAUACGUUGGUGGUGCUGAACAUGCUGUUUUACAUUUGCUAUACUCUAGGUUUUGGCACAAGGUACUUUAUGACAUCGGUGUUGUGUCGACAAAAGAACCCUUCAAGUGUGUUAUAAAUCAAGGAAUCAUCCUUGGGGAGGUCCAGUAUACAGCUUGGAAAGACCAAGAAGGAAAUUAUGUAUCUGCAGACACUGAAGAACGUUUAAAUGAAACGCUUCAACAAGUGACACUCCCGGAAGAAAAAGUUAUGAAGUCUGGAGAUCAUUUUGUUCUGAAAGAAGAUCCUAGCAUUCGUCUGAUUCCACGCGCUUAUAAAAUGAGCAAAAGUAGAGGAAACGUGGUAAAUCCUGAUGAUGUUGUGUUAGAGUAUGGUGCAGAUUCUCUACGUUUGUAUGAGAUGUUCAUGGGACCAUUUAGGGAUUCAAAGACUUGGAACACAAGUGGGAUCGAAGGUGUGCAUCGUUUUUUGGCAAGAACAUGGAGACUAGUCAUUGGUUUACCUCAGUCUGAUGGAUCUUUUAAAGAUGGAACCUUAGUGACUGAUGAUGAACCGACCCUUGACCAACUCCGUUCUCUCCACAAAUGCAUAGCUAAGGUGACAGAGGAAAUCGAGAGUACAAGAUUCAACACAGGGAUUUCAGGGAUGAUGGAGUUUGUUAACGCUGCAUAUAAGUGGAAUAAUCAACCUAGAGGAAUCAUUGAGCCUUUUGUUCUUUUGCUCUCACCUUAUGCGCCUCACAUGGCUGAAGAGCUUUGGUCACGUUUAGGCCAUCCUAAUUCUCUGGCUUAUGAAAGCUUCCCUAAGGCAAAUCCGGAUUACUUAAAGGACACAACUAUUGUUCUUCCGGUUCAGAUAAACGGGAAGACAAGAGGCACCAUAGAGGUUGAAGAAGGAUGUUCUGAAGAUGAUGCUUUCGCUUUAGCGUCACAGGACAAGAAACUCGAGAAAUAUCUAGACGGACAAUCGAUCAAGAAGAGAAUCUAUGUACCUGGGAAGAUCCUCAACGUUAUCUUAGACCGGACUAAUGUCAAGGUCACUACAAAGUAGAGGCUUCAAAAGGAAACACUUUCAGAACAUUUCACCUUGUUGCUAACUCAAAUUCUCUAUUGUAAGAGUUUCAGAUAUAUUGAGAACAAAAAAAGAUUUCACUGAUUUCUUAGAGAACAUCAGAGGAAACAACGUUUGUUACGCCUUUCCAUCCUUUUUGCCGAGCUCGAAGCUCCCACAUGUAUGACAUUCUUCUCUGUUCGUCUAGAGUCGCCUCUGCUUUCUCUCUUGCUAGCUCACAAGUCUCCAUCCCCAUGCUGCACUUAUCAGCCUCUUUCUGAUACUGAGACGUCGCUUUCUUAGCAUCUAGCAAUAACCUGUCUGCUCGCCAUUCGUCUUCUUGAGCCUGUGCUUCUCUUAGCUUCAGCUCUUCAGCCACCAUUUCCGUGAAACUACUCUCGUUCUCUUCACCAGCUUCCUCGUGUCUCAUACAAUCUUGAAGCUAUGAUUGCUCAAUCCUGCAGGGAUGGAGAGAAGAGGUUGAGAAGAACAGUCGCAGACACAAGGAGGACAAGAGGAGUGGAGAGAGUCUGCAAUGGUCUCGUUGAGAUGCCAAUACAGAGACGGUCCUGCGAUGUAGGCAACGAUGCACAGUCCCAUUACCCCUGUAACCACCUUCGCUGUCUUCUUCUGCUGCCUUCUGGUCAUCUCUCUCUCCCUCUCUCUGCAAAUUAAAGAUUUCUUCACUUUUGUUUGAAUCUGACAAGAUUCUCCAGUAACUGAUCUCCUUGAAAACUCCCCCAAGUAUUGGAUCCUUCCUAACUUCUAGUGUCGUUUUACGUUAACGGAUUUGCUUCAUUUCCUUGCUAAGAGAUUUCAACACAGACGCUGUCUCAUCUGAAUGUGAAGUAUGAUUCAUGAAGAAAGUUGUGAUUCUCCCGUUCACUUCGAUUUUGCUCCAACCAGGGAGCUUUUUCAAGCCGAGAGACCUCAUCUGAUUCCACGACUCACUCACAUCGUCCCAUCUCUUCAUGGCGGCAAAAGAAUGUGCAAGCCUAACGUAAUGUCCAGCUUCUACUGGCUUCAACUCAAUCAUAUCCCGACAAACUAUAUCUUCGACCUCUGUUUUCCCAUUUGCACGGCAAGCAUCAAGUAUUAUCCCCAAGACAUCGAUUGAUGGUUUUGUAAAGUUGUCUUUGUAGAACUUAAACGCUUCUUCUACUCUUUUAGCUCGACAUAGAAGAUCAACCACGCAAGCAAGGUGUUCGUGGUUGGGUUCAACACCAUAAUCUCUAACCAUUGAACUGAAUAUCUUCAAACCGUGCUGAACCAUUCCGUUGUGGCUGCAAGACGAGAGAACCGCUAAGAAAAUCACGUGAUUCGGCUCCAUUCCAGAGCGAAGAAACUCUGAGUAAAUCUCCAAAGCAAUGUCCCCUUUACCAUGGAAACCAUACCCUGCAAUGAGUGUGCCCCACGAGACAAAAUCUUUCCGCGAGAUCGAAUCGAAACAGCUCUGUGCAGCUUCUAAGUAGCCGCAUUUCGCAUACAUAUCAACCAGAGCCGUAUCAACCAAGGCGCAAGGUCUGAUAAAGCUUCUGAUUGCAAUACAGUGUAUAAGUCUCCCUAACGGGAGAGCUCCAGCUGAUGAACAGGCUUGUAAAAGGGAAACAACCGUCAAUGAAUCAACUCGUUGCGGAGUUUUGAACUUCAUCUCUGUAAACAAUAGCAACGCCUUACACAGAUCUCCGUUCUGGGCAUGUCCGGAGAUAAUUGCAUUCCAAGAAACUAAGUCUCUUUCAUUCAUCCGUUCAAAAAGAAAUGAACUUUUAUCCAAAUGGCCGCAUUUUGCAUACAUUGUGAUAAGAGAGUUCAACGCAGGAGUGUCUAAGUAAUAUCCUUGCCUCAGUACAUAACCAUGGAGUGAAGAGCCGAGAUCAAAGGAACCCAAUUGAGCACAAGCUGCUACAACACUAGCUAUUGCCUCACUCGAUAUCUCUGAUCCUGAAUCUAACAUCUCCGAGAAAACACUCAGAGCCUUUUCCGCUCUACCCAACCGGACAAGUCCUGAUAUCAUGACCGUCCAGCAAACAACAUCCUUAUAAGGAAUGGUUUCGAUUACUCGAAACGAAGCUUCCUCCUCACCGCACUUUAGGUACAUAGACAUCAAUGCCGUCUUGAGAUGCAUGUCUACAUCGUAACCAGUAUUCACAAUUUGGCAGUGUAACAUUCUUCCCAUGUCAAGAUCACACAUUGUUCCGCAGACGGAAAGUGAGGCUCCAAAUGUCUGAUGAUCAGGUCUUAAACCAUCAUCUCCCAUUCUGCACAAAAGCUUCAAGAUUUCAUUCAUAUUACCAACAAAAGCAAAUCCUGAAACCAUUGUGUUCCAUGAAACCAUAUCUCGUUGCUCCAUCUGAUAAAACAAAUCCUUAGCAUCUCCGACACGAUCGCACUUGCAGUACAAAUUCAACAUUGAGUUCGUCGCAGAUAUAUCACAAUCAAACCCAUAAACCACCGCAAAGGCAUGUAAACACUGUAACUGCGUAAUCUCGGAAACACCACUCAGCAUCUCCAGCAACGUAACCGGACCCGGUUUAAUCCCCUGAUAUCUCAUCUCGUUCACCAAAGUAAACGCCUUUUCUACAGUCCCGGCGCGUGAGUAACACCCGAUCAUUGCGGUGUAGUGUACCACAUCCCUCUGACGCAUUUCGUCGAACACUUUCCGAGCAUGAUCCAAGAUCCCAAAUUUGGCGUAGAGGUUGACCAGCGAAGACGAGGUGUAGGAAUCGGAAGAGAACCCAUUGACGAGAACUUGCUGGUGAAUCGAGAGACCGAAAGAUAGGAGAUGAAGAGAAGCACAGGCUUUGAGAAGACUAGGGAAAGUAUAAGUGUCAGGUAGGAAUCUAUUAGCGAGCAUGGAAGAGAAGGUUGAGAGCACUUGAUGAUGAUCGCCAUGAGAUGAGAAAUGGUUGAUGAGAGAGUUGAAGGUCUUGGUGGAGUUAAGCAAUGAAGAAGGUUUGAUCAUAGCUCCAUGGUCUUGAUCUAAGCGGGAACGAUGAAAAUGAAGAAACCGAAGUUAACGAAGCAAAAACAAUUUCCAAAAAUAUGACCGUUAGUUUAAAUUUCCAUUAGUA